CGAAUCCCCUAGGUAGGAUGCAUUACCGACGCAGGUAAGUUGGGGUUCGACAAAGUUGUAGCCUCAGAAUGUCCACGCUUCAACCCCACCCACUACUAGUUUUGCUCCACUUUUGUCACACCCGCCCAACUUCAGGCACCUCUAACACUUCCUUCCGCGCCGCCCAUCGCCGCCGGUGGAACCCUAAGUUUUUUCUUCCCUUUUGAUUUCCCUUGUCUCGAUGAGUGAGAAGACUCCGACUCAAACAGUAUCCCUGCCCGAUUCGGAUUCAGGACCGCCAACUGAAGCACGGACGGAGUCGCCUUCCCCAACUGCAGAUUCUGGGCUUCAAUCGGAAUCGGAACCGACCCUUGUUGCCGGCGCGCCACUUGAUAUUUCUCGCAAUCACUCGAACCCUUCUAAAAUCCCAAUUCGGCCCAGGAAAAUUCGUAAACUAUCGGCCGCUACCUUUGUCGAAGAUCAGAGUCCCCCAGAAACCGUCCUCGACCCCACUUCCCCCUCUUCACUCAUUCCCCUCACCUCUUCCGCCUCAACGUCCGGCGCUUCCACCGUUACCACAUUGGCGAGCUCCAGGAAUCGCCGGAAAGCAGUUACCCAGAUAUCCAGGCUUUUGCCCCAAAUUGUUAAACCGUUAUCAGCUGAUGGAGAAAUUGAGCUUGCCAUUCGCCAUCUCCGAGCUUCAGACCCUCUCCUUGUGUCCCUGAUUGACACUCUCCCUCCGCCAACAUUUGAAACGCGUCACCCACCCUUCCUAGCUCUGGCGAAGAGUAUUCUUUACCAGCAACUGGCAUAUAAGGCUGGUACAUCAAUAUACACACGAUUCAUAUCCCUCUGCGGUGGAGAGCUAGCUGUUCAUCCUGAUACCGUUCUCUCCCUCUCUGCUCAACAGCUCAAGCAAAUUGGAGUCUCUGGCAGAAAGGCAAGCUACCUUUAUGACCUGGCAAACAAGUACAAAUCUGGGAUUCUGUCCGAUGACACUGUUGUUAAAAUGGACGAUCGCUCACUGUUUACAAUGCUGUCAAUGGUUAAGGGAAUCGGCUCUUGGUCUGUUCACAUGUUUAUGAUCUUUUCACUUCACAGACCUGAUGUUCUGCCCGUAAGCGAUUUGGGGGUAAGAAAAGGGGUACAAUUGCUGCAUGGACUAGAGGAUUUGCCAAGGCCAUCUCAGAUGGAGCAGCUGUGUGUGAAAUGGAAACCCUAUCGGUCAGUAGGGGCAUGGUACAUGUGGCGGUUCGUAGAAGGAAAGGGGACACCGGCCUCUGCUGCAGCAGCAUUAGAUGGUAGUGCUGUGCAGCCAUUGCAUCAAAUUGAUCACGUGCAGGAUGCACAGGAACAACACCAAUUGCAACUUAUGGAGCCCAUUAAUGGCAUUACGAAUCUUGGGUACUAUUCCCCUUGCGGUCUUGCAUAUGGGGACAAUAAUGGGGAUUCGACUGUGCUCAGCGGUUCUCUAUAUGAUAAAAAAUUUGUUGGAGCGACUCCACGCUGCUUGUGACCACAUUGAAUCCUACUGCAUAGAAGCUACUCUGGUCUGACUUUUUACUGUUCUUUGUUGUUUUGUAUAAAUCAUGAAAAUUUAGACCACUCCAUGUUGAUAUAAUUUGAUAAUGAUUAGGGUCAGGCAAGUUCCCUGAAGUAGUGAAAUGGGCAACAAAGUUUUCCUAUUCUCCCCUGUUUCUCUUUAACAAAUGAAAUUUUGAAUGUCAAUUUGAAGUCAUUGCAGCG